GAGAUGGCCUUGCGCGAAGCCCGCGUUGGCGGGUUACAAGGCGAAGCUUUCAGCCGCGGAUCUGGGUGAAGCUGACGUUUUUCGUUGGUACUCUGGUGCUGAUCUGCUCGGGUGUUUUGGCCGUCGUUUUGUGGAGGCUGUCGAAAACAACCUUGACUGGAGAAAUUCGGGAGAGGCUUGACACUGUUGCCAGCCUUCGUCAAGAGCAGAUACUCACCUACAUCAUUGGAACUCAAGAUACGGUGAAGCUGAUCGCAUCUCGCAUUGCCGUUUCAUCCCUGCUGCUCAUGCACAAGCAAGGGAAGUCCAAUCUGACGGAAAAUGACUACAAGAUGGGCACAGAGGAUCUGGAUUCUGCUGUCAUGAGUGCAGCAAGUGUCAUGGCGUUAGGAGCCUACAGCAGCGAUGGUGAACUUUUGUUUUCCAGCAAGCAUCCAGCUGAUGUGGAGCCGCUCCCCAAGCGCUUGCACGGGCGAGCACUGAUUGUACAGAAUCGGAACACGUCAGUGUGGUCCGGGAUUCCAUAUGCAGGACGCAACAAUACAUUCUUGAUCGACAUUACAGCUUCUGUUGACUAUCAGGACACCUUUUGUGGAAUUAUUUUGGCAAAAGUUGAUGCUGAGAAGUUCAAGCAAACUGUGCAAGAUGGAACUGGACUUCAGUCCACUGGAGAGCUUCUUGUCGGAUAUACCAAUGAAGGCGAGGACAUGGUGAAGUUCAUAGUUCCUCCAGCUAAGGAUCCUUUUGUGAAAAACUCGACUCAUAAGGGUGCUGCCUUCAGAGCAGGGAGAGGUCAGAGUGGGUAUUACCAAGGGGCUGACUUUCGUGGUGUUGACAUCGUUGCUUCCUACCGGCCCAUUGGCUAUGACUCGUGGGGUCUGGCAGCUCAAAUUGACAAAGUAGAAGUAUACAUCUCUAUAAGGAAGGUUGAGAAGAUCAUUAUCAUUUCAAUGUCCUGCAUCUUUGUUCUAGGGAUUCUCGCCGCCUAUGCUUUAGCCACGUAUUUCUCCCGUCCGAUCAUGGAGCUUGGAGAUGCAGCGAGCAAACUUGCACGGGGUGAUUACAGUGCAAGGGCUCAUGGGCGGCGAGGCUGUUUGAAGGACGAGAUUGAUGAGCUUUGCUGUGUGUUCAAUGACAUGGCUGAUCAGAUCUCUAGCUCUUACUCUACUUUAGAACAAAAGGUGGUGGAACGCACGCAAGACCUGGCACUGCUGAAUCAGGGUCUGUCUGCUGAGGUGGAGGAGAGGAAGAGUGUUGAGUUACAGCUUCAGGAUGCCAAGGAGCAGGCAGUUUCAGCAGACAAGGCGAAAUCUGAGUUUCUGGCAAACAUGUCUCAUGAGAUCAGAACACCGUUGAAUGGCAUCAUCAAUUGCACUGAGCUUUGCUUGGACACUGCUCUGAGCUCUGAACAGAUCGAGUAUCUUGAGCUCUCCCUUUACUCAGCCAAGCAUCUUCUGCGCUUGAUUGCUGAUAUUCUGGACUUCAGCAAAAUUGAAGCGGGAAAAAUGGAUCUGGAAAACAUUGAGUUCUCACUACAGGACCAGAUGGAGCAUGCGGUAUCUGUUCUGGCGAAUCGGGCAAGGAAGAAGGGCCUUGCACUCGUAUCAUGGCAGAGGUCUCCGAACAUGCCAGAAAAUUUCAUGGGUGACCCUGGACGCCUUCUUCAGAUCUUCAUCAACCUUUUGGGUAAUGGGAUCAAGUUUACUGAGAAGGGGGAGGUUUUGCUAACUGCAACACUUGUUGCUCUCAAGGAUCAGACCGCAGAGGUUCUUUUUGCUGUUAAAGACACAGGAAUCGGCAUACCUCAAGCCAAGCAGUGUCUUUUGUUUCAAGCGUUCAGUCAAGUGCACGCAUCAGAUUCACGGCUGUAUGGAGGGACGGGACUGGGAUUGAUGAUCUCAUCUCGCCUGGCUAAUGCCAUGGGUGGCCACAUGUGGGUUGAGAGCGAAGAGGGUUGCGGGUCAACCUUUUGUUUCACGGCCAAGUUCACAGUACUACCUGAGCCUGCAAAACCAUCAUCUCUGGCUCGGUGUGGCACUCUGUGUCCAAAAAUGAACCACUUCCGCGGGCUUGUUGUGGAUGGGAAUGAAUCAACCAGGAAGUCCAUCCUUUCGACUCUUGAGAAGCUGAAAGUAAAGGCAGAGGAUGCAGCCGAUGCAACCUCCGCUUUGGAAAUGCUCCAGAAGGCAGCAUACGACGAGUCGCCAUACACCCUGCUCAUUCUCGACUCUGAAGUCAGUGACACCCUCCAUGUUCCCUCCUCAUCCUCCCCCUCCUGCUCCUCUUCCUACGAUAAUUGUGCUGUCUCCUCCGCCAACUGCGCCAAGCUGCUGCGCUGCAUCAAGGAGCAGAAUCUGCUCCAUCAGGACAACAUCGGAUGCCGAAUUUCAGAAGGAAACUGCAGUAGUAGCAGUGCCGUGCAAGAAAUGGAGGAUCUUACUGGGAACCCCGAGUCACCUGUGCCUGCUUGGCUAUCCUCUAGAAAGCAGGAAAAUGCAGCAGCGAUAGAAGAAGAGCCUCAUUCCAGUGUGCUUUCUGAAGAAACAGGGGGGCAUGCCCCAGCAGAAAGACCGGGUGAGAGUUCUGGUCAGCACCUGCAGUCAGUUCAAAGGGCUGACUCGCAGUCAGCAACAGCUGACAGUGGAGGAUUGAUGCGGCAGCCGAGGUGCGGCCAGGCACAGGCUUACUGCUCUGCAUCUGAGGUGACCUUCGAGUCAACUCAAAAGUCGCCUAGAGCUGACAGUGGAGGAGUGAUGCGGCUGCAGAGAUGUGGCCAGGAACAGGCUUCCUUCUCUGCAACAGAGGGGUGUCGACCCGAGCCUCGCGAAGAGGAGUUGGCGCUGUCUGUGGUGUUGCUGACACCAGGAGGUCCUGACGACAAGCCCUUGUGUAAGGAACUCGGGGUGCAACUCUAUCUUCCCAAGCCUGUGAAGAGGAAAGUGCUUCUGCGAAGAGUCAAGCAGGCCUUGAAGCUCCCGCUGCAGGACGGGCUCUCUGCCUCGAAUUCAAGUGCAUCAGAGGAGGCAUCGGCAUCAGCAGCGGCUGACAGGAGUCUCAAGGUCCUGGUUGCAGAAGACAACAUUGUCAACCAGCGGGUAGCCAUGACCCUGCUGCGCAAGUGGGGGCACGAGGCGGUUCUGGCCAGUGAUGGUGAAGAAGCCCUGGAGAAGGUUCAGACAGGAGUGUUUGAUGUGAUACUAAUGGAUGUUCAAAUGCCAGUCUGCGAUGGCCUAAAAGCAACCAAGAGGAUUCGUGAAUAUGAGUCUACGACAAAUCGCCACACGCCCAUCAUUGCUAUGACAGCGCAAGCCCUUAUAGGAGAUGGAGUGAAGUGCAUAGAGGCAGGGAUGGACUCGUACAUGAGCAAACCUAAGCGCCAGCAGCGCAUGCUACAGCAGUACCCCCUCUCCCCUCCCUCUCCCCUCCCUCCCCCCCUCUUCCCUUCCCAGCCAUCCAUCGUCUCUCCUCUCCCGCUCUCUAUUUCCAUCUACAGGAAGAGCGUUCGCUCCGCCUAUCCCGCCAGCAGAAGCGCCAACGUAUGCUGCAGCGAGCAAUACCUUCCAUCUUCACCCCCCUUCCUCCCCUCCCCUUCUCCCACCUACACGAAGAGCGUUCGCUCCGCUUGUCCCGCCAGCAGAAGUGCCAGUGCAUGCUGCAGCGAGCAAUGCCUUCCCCUCCCUUCGCCCCUCUUCAUCCCCUUCUUCCACCCUACAGGAAGAGCGUUCGCUCCGCUUGUCCCGCCAGCAGAAGUGCCAGUGCAUGCUGCAGCGAGCAAUGCCUUCCCCUCCCUUCGCCCCUCUUCAUCCCCUUCUUCCACCCUACAGGAAGAGCGUUCGCUCCGCUUGUCCCGCCAGCAGAAGUGCCAGUGCAUGCUGCAGCGAGCAAUGCCUUCCCCUCCCUUCGCCCCUCUUCAUCCCCUUCUUCCACCCUACAGGAAGAGCGUUCGCUCCGCUUGUCCCGCCAGCAGAAGUGCCAGUGCAUGCUGCAGCGAGCAAUGCCUUCCCCUCCCUUCGCCCCUCUUCAUCCCCUUCUUCCACCCUACAGGAAGAGCGUUCGCUCCGCUUGUCCCGCCAGCAGAAGUGCCAGUGCAUGCUGCAGCGAGCAAUGCCUUCCCCUCCCUUCGCCCCUCUUCAUCCCCUUCUUCCACCCUACAGGAAGAGCGUUCGCUCCGCUUGUCCCGCCAGCAGAAGUGCCAUUGCAUGCUGCAGCGAGCAAUGCCUUCCCCUCCCUUCGCCCCUCUUCAUCCCCUUCUUCCACCCUACAGGAAGAGCGUUCGCUCCGCUUGUCCCGCCAGCAGAAGCGCCAGCAGCGCAUGCUUCAGCGGGCAGCCCCCUCACCCCACCCCUCCCCUCCCCCUCUCAUGCCCUCCUCUUUCCUUCCCCGCCGGUUUCCAUCUCUUCUCCUCCCUGCUCUUUCGUUACCCCUACAGGAAGAGCGUUCGCUCCACCUAUCCCGCCAGCAGAAGCGUCAGCGCAUGCUCCAGUGGGCAUCACCCUCCCUCCCCCCAACCACUCCUCCGCUCUCCCCUUCCCGCACCCGCUCCCCCCCUGCAGGAAGAGCGUUCGCUCCGCCUAUCCCGCCAGCAGAAGCGUCAACGAAUGCUGCAGCGGGCGGCUGCCGCCCUUCCGCAGCUGGCGCAGCGCGUGUCAGAAACGCCUCGCUUCCGAUUGGACGAUUUUCUGGCGGCGCUUGACAGCCUGGCAGCGCUUCGGGGGAAGCUGAGAGCGGCUCUGGAGGCGCAGCAGAGAGAGGAGGAGGACGAGGAGGAGGAGAGGAGGGAAGAGGAGAGGAGAGGGGAGGGGAGGAUAGUGGAGGAGAGGAGGAGGGAGGACGAAGGGAUGAGGGGUGAGUGUGGAAUGGUAGAAAGAGUGGGUGGAGGAGCGGAGGGAGGAAGCGGAGAGGGUGGUGGAGCUUUUGGGCUAGAACGUGGGGAGGGCGAGAGUGUUUGCGAGGGGGAGGAGGAGGAGAAAGAAAAUGAUUGUAUGGAUGAGGUGGCGAAAGGACGUGAAGCGAAUGAUGCGCUGAUGCUGCUGGAAGAGGAGUUUGAAGCGACUCUCUCCAAACACGGCAAGCCUCUGGAUCUAGCAACGCUCAAAUCCGCACUGCAUGCCCAGAAUUUCGCCAGUGCUGCUGCUGGUGCUUCUGGUGCAGGGGCAGCAGGGGCAGCAGGGGCAGCAGGGGGAGCGUCCUCUCUCCGUGCACGUAGAGCCACGGGUGUCACCCCCAUCACCACCCGUUUCACCCGCACCUCCUCUGACUUCUCCCUUGCUGCUGGCGCAUCCGCUAGAGGGAACAUCAGCACUACCCCCACCAACCAGAGUAAUUCGACCAAGUACCCUGAACACGCCCUUGUUAGCCCUCUUGCUCACCGCGGCUUAGCUGCUGGCGCUGCUGCUGGUGUUCCUCGUAGCCCUACUCUUAGCAGCAGUAGCAGCGCCAGCAGUACCGGUUUCUUGUCCCAGGAGCAAUCGGGGCAUUUGAAUUCUGCUGCUGCUGCCGCUGCUGCUGCUGCCGCUGCUGGUGGUGGUGGUGCGUCUGGUGGUCUUUGGCCCAUGUAUUCCGGACCCCUUCCUUCCACAGCGGCUUCUAACUCACCAUACGCAUCCCCUUACACCUCCGGUUACAUUCCCCAUAAUGCAUAUGCUUAUAACGCGGUUGGUUCUUCUUCCUUCUCUGCCUCUCCCUCCUCCUCGUCUGCCUCUCCCUAUGCGCGCCCCACUCCCCCCCGCAUCACCAUACCUAUCCAUCCGGACGAGGACGACGCCGAGCCUGAUGCCAACGACCUCCCGAACCUGACUCCUGGUUCGGCAGCCAGGGAAGGGGGGCGGGUAGCAGGGAGGGAAGGAGGGAGGGCAGCAGGGAGGGCAGGAGGGGCAGCAGGAGGAGGGGUGGGGGCAGUGGAUUGGCGGGUGGCGUUUAGUGAGUGGGGGGAGUGGUUACCAGUGGCGGAGAUUGGCUGGUUACGCAAGAUGGCCACACGGAUCGUUGCUAUUGGUGGGCUCACUCGCUGCUGUGCGAGAUACUGCGCCGCCCGUGGGCCGAGCAUAGCGAGUGGCACGGCUUGUCUCGACCUGAAGGAGCGCAGCGUUGCUGAGCUGGAGGCCAUGGCGUGGAGCCAGCUGGAACCCACCAUCAAGACAUGGCUCAGAGAUGCCAACAUACUGAUCCGAGUGCUACUGGAGGGAGAGCGUCUCCUCUGCGAGGCAGUCCUAGAGGACGCCCCCGAGCUCGACGCGGGCGGCGUGUAUCGGCAGCUUCUGUCGGCGUCGCCCUGCGUGGAGGGCUCGGUCGGCAAGCUGGUCGGCACGGCUCGUUCCAUUGCGGGGCUGACGCGGUCCCCCGAGAAAGUCUUUAGCUUCAUGGAGAUGUUUCGGGCGGCAACUGGGUUGAGGGAGCAGGUGCAAUCUGUGCUGAUAGCAGCAGCGGGGGUGGGAGGAGGCUCGCUUUGGCCGCAGUGGCAGGCCCUCCCUGCCCUCCUAGCAUGCGCCGUGUUUGAAACUGUAGACGAGCUCAACAGCACGCUGAGGGAUGUGGAUGGGCUUACUCCUGCUGCUAUGCCCUCGCCCGUCGCUCCCAAAAAGAAGCUGCUCAGCAGGAUAAUCUCCUGGAAGGCGCAGGAGGUGAAGAGCCAGAGCGGGGAUGACGUGGACGUGUCGGUGCAUGCGGUUACCAGCUAUGUGGUCAACUACAUUGGGCAGUUGUUGGACAGAACCUCUCGAGGCAACGACUGCGCUGUGCUGGAGGAGAUGUGCCAGAGCCAUGGGGCCGACCUGUUGUAUCCCCACCCUCGCUCUCCUGGUCCCCUUCCCCUCCCGCCCCCAGAACCUCUCGCGCCAACUACUAACCUCUCGAGCCAACGACUGCGCUGUGCUGGAGGAGAUGUGCCAGAGCCAUGGGGCCAACAUGUUGUAACCCCACCCUCGCUCUCCUGGUCCCCUUCCCCUCCCGCCCCCAGAACCUCUCGCGCCAACUACUGUGCUAACCUCUCGCGCCAACUACUGCGCUGUGUUGGAGGAGAUUUACCGGAGCCACGGGGCCGACAUGUUGUAUCCCCACCCUCGCUCUCCUGGUCCCCUUCCCCUCCCGCCCCCAGAACCUCUCGCGCCAACUACUGUGCUGUGUUGGAGGAGAUCUACCAGAGCCACGGGGCCGACCAUUUGAAAGAGCCCAGCAGCAGCCACCGCUCUCCCCCUUUUCCCUUCUGUCCCUCGCACCACCCUUGCAGAACCUCCCGAGCCAACUACUGCGCUGUUCUAGAGGAGAUUUACCAGAGCCACGGGGCCGACCAUUUGAAAGAGCCCAGCAGCAGGCAUCAACUGCUCGCCCCCUUUCCUUGUCUGUCCCUCUAA